AAAAAACAGGUAAACAACCUUGCAAAAGGUGAAGCAGAAAUCAAAUACGCGAAACUGUCGGUUUAAGCGACACAGAAAUUAAUGAAUUUUAAAUUACUUGCCUGAAAAAAAAAUAAAAAUAAAUGAGGGUAUAAAAACAUUAACACAGGUUAAUGCCAAUGCAAAAGCAAAACAAGGAAAGAUAAAUAAACAAGUGACAACAACAACUCAGUGGAGCAUUUAGAAAGUGAAAACUGCUUUGAAAUGCGAAAAGAUAAACAAAAGGAAAAAGAAACGUAAACAUCGACAAUUUUCAGUUGCAAAUUGUUUUGUCCUACCCACACGAUAAGGUUCUUGCCGCUAACAACAACAACAUUAAUUUGUCAACUAUUCACCAACUUAACCAAGAAUCCAUAUAUCCAGGGCAGCCUGUGCACUGCUGCCUGCAGCGAGCGAGCCACUACUACCUUCAACAAUGUUUAUCUCGUUUAUGAAUUGUGAAUGCGAUAGCGAAAGCAGCCACAGCGAUACAAUGUCCGUGGAGCAAUUGCUGCUAGCCGUGCGGGAGGAAACCGAAUCGGAAGACGACGACGACGACGACGACGACGACGAUGACGACAGCAAUGAGGAUGGCGGAAAUGAUGCGAAUGGCAGCUGUAGGGAGGCAGAUGGUGGCAGUGAAACUGAAUCGAGCCACACUGUCGAUUCGACAACCAGCGGUGCGCCACUGCUCCGCCGCUUCCGACGCUCAUCCAUUGGUAUGCAGCGCAAGGCGGCAUUUCGUCAAAGGAAAUUGGAUUCGUUGGGCACUUGGCGGAAGCGACGAUCAGCGUCAGCGAGUAAUGCAAGGCGACCCAUACGAAUUGUGCCCGACUGGACUGAGAAUGCGGUGCAGGGUGAACACUUUUGGAAGCCCACAUCGGUUUCAGGCGAUUUAUGUUGCUUGAAUGAGGAGUGCAUAAAAAGUGGUCAACGCAUGAAAUGCUCGGCCUGCCAAUUAAUUGCACAUCAGAAUUGCAUUCCAAUCGUCAAUGAAAAGACUCAAUUAGCUUGUAAGCCAACAUAUCGAGACGUAGGCGUUCGACAAUACAGGGAACAAUCGACAACGCAUCAUCACUGGGUGCAUCGCAAAAUGGAAAAGGGCAAAUGCAAACAGUGCGGAAAGGCUGUUCAAGGUAAACUUUUUGGCUCGAAGGAAAUAGUUGCAUUAUCCUGCGCUUGGUGUCACGAAGUCUAUCACAAUAAGGAAUCUUGCUUUAAUCAAGCGAAAAUUGGCGAAGAGUGUUCGUUGGGCAACUAUGCACCCAUUAUUGUGCCGCCUUCUUGGAUUGUCAAACUGCCCACCAAGGGAAAUUUCAAGUCCUCCAUACGAGUGAACAACAAAAGCAAUGUCACAAUAGGUACGAGUAAAAAGAAGGGCACGAGUAAGCGGCAAAAACAAAAGGAGGAGAAGAAAGAGCCACGCGCCUUCAUCGUGAAGCCCAUACCAUCGCCCGAUGUCAUACCCGUGAUAGUGUUCAUCAAUCCCAAAUCGGGCGGCAAUCAAGGUGUUAAGCUUUUGGGUAAAUUCCAACAUUUGCUCAAUCCACGACAAGUUUUCGAUUUGACGCAAGGUGGCCCUAAGAUGGGCUUGGAAUUAUUCCGCAAAGCGCCAAAUUUACGCGUAUUGGCGUGCGGUGGUGAUGGCACCGUCGGUUGGGUACUUUCGGUGCUGGACAUGAUCAAUCCGCCGAUAACGCCCGCGCCCGCGGUUGGUGUACUGCCGCUAGGUACUGGCAAUGAUCUCGCACGCGCACUAGGUUGGGGUGGAGGCUACACCGAUGAGCCGAUCAGCAAAAUAUUACGUGAAAUCGGGAUGUCUCAGUGUGUGCUGAUGGAUCGCUGGCGUCUAAAUGUCACGCCAAAUCGCGAAGUAGAGGACGACAAUGUCAACCGCAGCAAAGACAACGUACCGUUAAAUGUGAUCAACAACUAUUACUCGUUCGGUGUCGAUGCACACAUUGCACUCGAGUUUCAUGAGGCACGCGAAGCCCAUCCGGAACGCUUCAAUUCGCGCCUACGCAAUAAAAUGUACUACGGUCAAAUGGGUGGCAAGGAUCUGAUAUUGCGGCAGUAUCGAAACCUCUCCCAAUGGGUUACGAUGGAGUGCGACGGCACCGACUACACGGGCAAGCUGCGAGAUGCCGGCUGCCAUGCAGUGCUGUUUCUUAAUAUUGGCAGCUAUGGCGGCGGUACACACCCCUGGAACGACUCGUUCGGCCAAUCUAAGCCAGCCAUCGAUGACGGCAUGAUUGAGGUCGUCGGCCUGACCACAUACCAACUGCCCAUGCUGCAGGCCGGCUUGCAUGGCACCUGCAUUUGCCAGUGUCGGUCGGCGCGCAUCAUCACCAAAAAGACUAUACCCAUGCAGGUGGAUGGCGAGGCGUGUCGCGUGAAGCCGUCGAUUAUCGAAAUGAGUUUGUUAAAUAAGGCGGUUAUGCUGGCCAAACGGAAGCACGGUCGUGGCGAUGUACAGUAA